AUGGCUUUAGAGGUCCAGCUUGAGUUCUCUGAAGAGCAGGGUCUCCCUGGCUCUAAAGUUGGUCUCCACCUUGAAGCUGCUGACAACUCCUACUGUGCCCUGAGAGCUGUAGAACAGAGUGUCCUUCUUCUUCAGCCUGAGCGAGAGUUAUCUGCUGAGAGCGUGUACUACCAACUUCGUGUGAGUGAUUUAUAUGGCUAUUAUUACAAUGGCCUCAACCUGGAAGAUGACAAGCCAGAGAGGUGUACUCCAAUCAAAACCACCUUUUUUGAUGGCUUGUACUAUGAAGCUGUGAAUGUCAGUCGUGAUGGUGAUGUCUACAGGAUUUUCAGGGAUAUGGGCCUGAAGGUUUUCACCAAUUCUGUGCUACGGAAGCCAGUUCUGUGCAAUGAAGACAAAUCAGAUAUGGAAGAUUACCCAGCCUAUUUGGAACAUGGUUUCACCCCUGUCAAUGUCUAUGGCAUAGAUGAGUCAAGGAUUCUUGCUGGGGGUGGUGUUAACACUGUUCGGAAAUUUUUCCCCGAGACCUGGAUUUGGGAUCUGGUUCAUACUGAUUCCAGGGGAGAAGUCAAUGUCUUUUACAGCAUUCCUGACACCAUCACAGAAUGGAAAGCCAGUGCUUUCUGCGUGCAGGAUGAUGCUGGAUUUGGCAUCUCCUCACCUGUUUCACUGACAGCAUUCCAACCAUUCUUUGUGGACCUCACCUUGCCAUACUCUGUCAUUCGAGGGGAAAAAUUUAAUUUAAUAGCCAACGUCUUCAACUACCUCAACAAAUGCAUCCAGAUCAGUGCUGUACUGGCAACAUCGGGUGACUACAAGGCAGAAAUCCUUUCACCAGAGGGCAACACAGCAAGGGUGUGUGCCAAUGAAAGAAAAACGUAUAUUUGGGCUGUUAGCCCUCACAAACUUGGUGAGGUGAAAUUCACAGUUACUGCUGAGGCCAAACUGAAUACCAGAGGUACUGGAAACAGCACAUCCCCAGAAGAGGAGACAAUUCGCAGGGACACCCUGAUUCAAACCCUCCUUGUUGAGCCUGAAGGUAUUAAAAAGGAAUUGACUCAGAGCUCCCUCGUCUGUACAAAAGGCAUAACAUUUUCUGAACCAGUGUCUCUCAGCCUGCCAAGAAACCUAGUGCAGGGAUCAGCCAGAGCUUAUUUUUCUGUCAUUGGAGACAUUUUGGGUACAGCCCUGAGGAACAUGGAGAACCUCCUCCAUAUGCCUUAUGGCUGCGGAGAACAGAACAUGGCCUUGUUCACACCCAACAUCUAUGCCUUGGAUUAUCUGAAUAAGACUGGGCAGCUGACUGAAGAGACUAGGCUCAAGGGUACUGGGUAUUUAUCCACAGGGUACCAAAAACAGCUGUCAUACAAACACUGGGAUGGAUCCUAUAGCUCCUUUGGGACACGAGAUGGGGAAGGGAGUGUAUGGCUCACUGCCUUUGUGUACAAAUCAUUUGCACAAGCCAGUCGCUACAUCUACAUUGAUGACAAUGUCCAGUCUCAAAGUUUGAUCUGGCUGGCAAGCAAGCAGAAGUCAGAUGGCUGCUUUGAAAAUACUGGGUCACAUUUCAACAAUGCUUUGAAGGGUGGAGAAGAAGGUGAAUACUCACUCACAGCCUAUGUUGUGGCAGCGUUGCUGGAGGCUGGACACACUGCUGCACAUCCUGUCGUCCAGAGUGGCAUGAACUGUUUGGAGACUGCAUUUGGCAAUGGGGUCCACAACAUGUAUAACCAGGCACUCUUUGCGUAUGCUUAUGGCUUAGCUGGCAAAGAGAAAAGACGCCAAUUCUUCCUUGAGAAGCUGGACAAGACAGCUACCAGAGAUGGUGGUUUAGUUCAUUGGCAGAGAGAAAAUAAGCCACCAGCAGAAAAUUUCCCUGUCUUGUACCCCCGUGCCCCUUCUGCUGAGAUUGAAAUGACCAGCUAUGUGCUCCUGGCUUUGCUCAACAAAGCCAAACUCACUCCAGAAGACUUAUCCUAUAUUUCUCGCAUUGUGCGCUGGCUUGUCAAGCAACAGAACCCAUACGGUGGUUUCUCCUCCAGCCAGGACACUGUUGUUGCUCUCCAAGCUUUAGCCCAGUAUGGAUACCUCACCUUCUCCAAAAAAAAUCUUAACACAGUCAAAGUCAACUUCAUGGAGUUCCCCAGUAAGACUUUCCAGGUGGAUGACAAGAACCGCUUCUUGCUGCAGCAGGCUUCCUUACCUGCUAUUCCAGGGAAUUACAGUGUGGAAGUGAAAGGCACUGGCUGUGUCUAUCUGCAGACCACCAUGAGAUACAACGUCCAUUUGCCGGAAAGAAAUGCAGGAUUUUCUCUCUCUGUACGGCCGGCCAACGUAUCCUGUACAAGCAACUUCCCACCAAAGUUUGACCUUGUCCUCUCUGCCAGUUACACAGGAAACCGCAAAGUCUCCAACAUGGCCAUUAUUGAUGUGAAGAUGCUCUCAGGUUUUGUUCCUGUAAGAUCUUCCCUGAAAAAGCUUCAGCACGAGAAUUCUGCUGUGGACCACGUAGACAUCAAGAACAACCACAUCCUCUUCUACCUUCAGAAGGUCUCCAGGAAGGAAAUCAGCUUCUCCUUCAGUGUGGAGCAAAGCCUGCCUGUCUCAGAUAUCAAACCAGUGCCAGUACAUAUGUAUGAUUACUACGAAACAGACGAAUAUGCUCUGGCAGAAUACAAAGCACCCUGCUCCCCGCCUUCAGAGUGAAAUCAGAUACGUGCCAGAAGAGGUAAUGGUUCAGGCGGUAUCAGGCAAGCAUUUGUAGAAGAAGAGGAGGAUAAGAGACUUGGUUGUUUCUGGGAGGGCAAUGAAAAGCACAUAGAAGAAUGAAGAAUAAGCAAAUCUCAAAUUCCAGUAGAUCAGAUGGACCCAUUGUGGCCCACACUUCAAAAGAGCUUGGGGUCAGUGUGGAUCAGAAACUCCAGAUGAAGUGCUUUUCCUAACAAAGGAAAUACUGUGCCAUUGUUAACCCUGACCAUCCAUCUUUUUGGAAACCCAUGACAUAUAUUCCAGUGGGAGCUUUGUUUAAAGGUAAACUCCUGAAACAACUGUUCUUGGCCAUACAUUCCUCUUAAGAAAUCCAAGAUUAGGAGGAUAAUCUGCUGCUGCUGCUGCUUCUGUAGAUUGUAUUGGUUUUGGUCUUUCCAUUUUUCCUGAAGGAAGAUUCUGAAGAAAUGGCUUUGAGCCUCACUUUUUUUCAGUGAUUGAACUGAAUCAUUCACAGAUGUCAGAAUUGUAGUCGCAGGGAGGCAAC